AAUGAAACACAUGGACUUGCCAUACCCUGUCGGUAGUAGGGCAAAGGUGUUUUGUUCGUUUAAAACACUUUCAAUAACACGUAUUUGUUCUUUCUUUAAGCUGAAAUCAAAACUGAAAAUGUUCUUUAUGGAAUUGAAUACUGCAAUUACAUCCUCCUCAUCCAUAUUUGGGUAGUUCCCUCUUUAACACUUAGUUUUAAUUAAUAACUUCCGGUUUUCCUGAUGAAGAAUGGAAGGGAAGAGAUUGCUGAGUACUCCUCUGAAGACUCCCAGAAAAAUCAAGCUUUUCCGACCAUCGGGAACCACACCAAAGAAACUCAAAGAAGUUCCACACAUUGAACAAAAGGCUAAAAAAAAUGCUGCUUAUGCAGCAAGAUGUAUUGAAAAUUACAAAUAUCAGAAAGCCUUCUCUCAUCUAUAUCGACACUAUGCUGGAGCCAGACGUGCGAUUCUCGUUUUAGUAAAACGGGAAAUAAGAAAAGGCAUUCAGAUGUUACUUCGGGACAAGGAGAACAAAGUACACAAUAAAUGUACUUACGAAAACCUGAAGGAUUUCAAGUGGCCAUAUUUUACUGAAGCUUUGGAACAGUUUGUUCCAAUAUUAUCAACGGCCAUCACGGCAGCCAUAACCACUAAAAAGAAUGAACGCAGUUUAGCAGGGUCUAGGGGACAAUCUUUGAUUCCAGCCAUUGGUCUUGUUGCAAGUAUUCUACUUCACAUGCGCUCACCAAAAAUGAAUUUAGUCCAGGGACUCCAUGGGGUUGAGCUGUGGAGAUGCGGCGCGCAAAGAAAGAUAUUUCCUCAUCUAAACAGAAUGGGAUUUUGUGUCAGUUAUGACACCACACUCAAUAUUCUGUCCAAAAUUCGUGUGAAUGUAGACGAGAAGGCUUGGGACAUGAAGAAAAAUAUUGAGGAACAUAUGUCGCUUGGAUUCUACGAGCCGUUGGCGACAGAAACAGACUCCGAUUCCGAUUCCGGAGACAGAACAGAGGAAGAAAGAAGUGAAGAUUCGGAAGAAAUAGAUCAAACAAUCUCAUCUUCGGAAUCGGAAUCGGAUAGCUAUUUACCGAUGGCGAAUAUAGAUGGGGAAAGCGCAUCUUCUGAAAGAUACAUAGGAAAGGAACUACAAUCAAAAGGGUACUGUCUUGUAUGGGACAACGUGGGGAAGAUGGUACGCGUGUCACGUCAGAGCAGUGAACGGCAGAACAAAAUGUUGCUAUGGGCAUUGUCGUAUUGCGUGGAAAAUCGUAUUGCAACCUGUCACAUGAAUGAUCAAAUUGUUACCAGGGCUAUAGAUAUCCCAUUAGAAAAGUUUCUUCCUAGACAAGCAGAUUUCAAAGAAGUCCGACAAAGAAUGACCGUCAUUGUUGCCAGGAUCAUAGUUCAGGAAAUUCCAUUUUUCAAGGAACAUUUUAUGGACUGUGUGCCUAAGCAUAUUCGACACAAGUUUUGGAGAGAAUCUUCAAAAAAAAGCAAUGUGAUCAACUUGGGCGUCUGUCAGGAAAAUCCAUCAACAAUAGAAGGGACAAUAAGAAUAUUAGAAAAGCUGCAGGAAUACGUUCCGACACAUGGACAUCGCAUUUUCCCAUUGAUAUGUUAUGGUGAUGGGUUAUCUUGUGAACGCCAUAACGAUGCUCACCUGGCCCGCUCUAAUGCUGGAACACCUUUAGCUGGAUUACAAGGUCUACAACCUGUGGUUCAGGAGCUUCACAAGAGGAUGCUUCUAACUCAGGAUAUUAUGGACAUCUUCUUUAGUGGCAAAAGUGCAGCAGAUAAAGGAACAUUGUUCUACUUGAAAAAUGUAUUUGGGCACCGGGCAGUGAAGAAACAGGUUGGUGAUGCAUUCAAUCACAUAUCGACUUUUCUAAAAUUCGUAACUUAUGGAUAUACGAUGUUAGCGGCAAUGGAAGUUCUCGGCAUGGAAUCCCUCUCUGAUAGUCCGAUAGACAUCGGCGAAAUCUAUGAUAGACAAAGGUAUUUAACGAAUGUCGCCGAGAAAGUAGUAGAGUUAGUAUGGUUUGAAAUGGACGUGACCAAAAUCCUGAAUGCUGGUGGAGAAGUCAGGGACUAUAACUUCUGCUUUUGUAAAGAAGAUCUUGGCGAUGAUGCACCAAUGGUUGAGUGCACAGGGAUGCAUUGCCCUGGCAAAAAUUGGUUUCAUGUAGACUGCAUUACGGGAGGACAGGGAGACGUUGAUAUACCCGAUGACUUUGCGUGCUCUGAGGAAUGCAGACGGUCAUAUAAGUUCUGUUGUGGUGUAGAUUUAGGGCGAAGGGAACCAAUGAUUGCUUGUGAUAAUCCCGGGUGCCCCGUUGAGUGGUUUCAUAUGAAGUGCAUAGGGUUGGCGUCAGCACCAAGCGGUGAGUGGUAUUGCAGUCGUUGUAAAGACAUAGCGAAAACAGACGAAGUUGUAGAUAAACCAGAUUUGCAUAAUAUGUAUGUGAAAGCGCUAACGUACAUGGGACUAAUGGAUUUGGUCAGACAUGAUGCAGUACGAGAGAACGAUGGUGAGGCCAUGAUGGGACAUUGGAGAAUGGAUUUAGUGCAAUUCCAUAAUAGGCACCAUCCAAAAUAUGUAGUUUUAGCACAUCGAUUGCUCGCAGGUAUUGAGGGGUGGUUACCUGAGAGACUGAGGAUGGACAGUAUAUGGAACAGGACUGUCAACCUUACCGCUGGACCUGGACGUAAUAUGGAGGCAGAUAUCGUCAACGAAUUUCUAAACAAAGAAUUCAAAGAUUCUCUGAAAGAUGCUGGCGGCAAUCUUACCGUGGAAACAGUAGCCCGACACAGCCAGAUGGUGGGGUCUUUUGGGAAGACGUUAGACAAAAUAUUCAUGGAAGCUGCUGAUCUCAAUUUUAGAGACUUCACUAAACAUGAAUCUGACAAAUUUUCAAGUGAUUUACCUCACUUUGUUAAACUUCUACACAAAGAAAACUUCUUCAAAGUUGUUCCUGACCGAUCAUUUCAUGCUUUUCAGAACUUUUCGUUCGAUGUUAAUGCUUUAUUUCCAGAAAGGCUUCAGAAGAAAUUAGUGCAACGAUCAAAAGAGCUAGACAAAAUAAGGCGAAACACUGCAAAAUUUUAGGAAAUUCAUGUCGAAUAAUGUGCAUGGUGAGAGAGUACGUAAUAAAUGUUUAU